AUGGUGGACUCGCCGCCGCUAUCGGGUGUCAAUGUAGUGUUGGUGAUGGCGUACGGCAGUUUGGUGUUCGUGCUGCUCUUCAUUUUCGUCAAAAGGCAAAUUAUGCGUUUCGCCAUGAGAUCUCGCCGCGGCCCGCACGCACCCAUCGGCCACAAUGCUCCAAAAGGCCUACGGGAGGAUAUUGACUCCCGACUGUCUAAAGUUCACGAGAUCCGGUUCGAGCCUCGUCUUCUUCCCGAAGGAGAUGCCAGGCUAAGACGUGGAUCGCAGCUCAGUUGCUAUAACUACCUAUACAGGAUGAAAGCCCUGGAUGCCAUUCGGGACUCAGGCAUCCCAAUGGAGGAGAUAUGCAGCAGUCCCAACGCCUUCACGGGUCGAUGUUUCCGAAGCUGGCUGCUGGAGCUGCGCAACUCGCACUCGCUGAUCAAGAGCAGCCGCAGCGCACUCAUCGAUCGCCUGCUUGAAGGCUAUGACAGCGCCCGCCAUGGCACCGGGGUUUUCGGAGAGGCAGAAUUUCUCGAAUAUCAGCAGGCGCUCAAUGAAUUAGCAGAUGUUGUGAAGGCGUACUUGAGCAGCAGCAACGUGGAGCAGCAACACCAGUGUGCGGCCAAAGAUCUGACGGGUUCUCCGGUCCGCAGCGCUCCAUCCACCAUCCAGGUUACCUACCUGCCAUCGACCGGACCGCGCAGCAAGAGGCCUAAACACUUCCUGGAGCUCAAGAGUUUCAAAGACAACUAUAAUACGCUGGAGAGUACUUUGUGA